GGCAACUUGAUGGCGGUGGUUGAAUGCCAAUUGACGAAACGAAGCUCCCAUAUUUCCGUAUUCCCCGACGACCCUCACGUCAAUUGAGAGGACCCAGCGCUUCUAGCGAUCUCAACGUCCAUAGUCCAGUAAAUAUGGCCUCCAUGCCGACCGCCGUGCGGACGGCGGCGCCCAAGAUCGCCAGGAGCGCAUUUCACCACCAGCGCCGAGCCCUUUCCGACGUCCACAUCACGCGCACCGGCAAGCCUCUUAUCCGCACCCAGGGUGGCCGUUCUUCCCUCGGCGAGCACACUGCCACCGUCUUCGGCGCCACUGGCCAGCUCGGUCGUUAUAUUGUCAACAGAUUAGCGAGACAAGGAUGCACCGUCGUUGUGCCCUACCGUGAGGAGAUGGCCAAGCGCCAUCUCAAGGUGACAGGUGAUUUGGGUCGGGUUGUCUUCGUGGAAUACGACCUGCGCAACACCCAGUCGAUCGAGGAGAGCGUCAGACACUCUGACGUUGUCUACAACUUGGUUGGCCGGAACUACCCUACCAAGAACUUCUCCUAUGAGGAUGUCCACAUUGAGGGUGCUGAGAGGAUCGCGGAGGCGGUUGCCAAGUACGAUGUUGAUCGGUUCAUCCACGUCUCUUCGUACAACGCCGACCCCAACCACGUUUCCGAGUUCUACUCCACCAAGGGCCGUGCUGAGCACGUUGUCCGCAGCAUCUUCCCCGAGACCACCAUCGUGAGACCUGCUCCCAUGUUCGGUUUCGAGGAUAACCUGCUCCUCAAGCUUGCCAGCGUUGUCAACCUCUUCACCUCCAACAACAUGCAGGAGAAGUUCUGGCCAGUACACGUCAUCGAUGUCGGUGAGGCUUUGGAGAAGAUGCUCUGGGACGACAACACUGCCGCCCAGACUUUCGAGCUUUACGGUCCCAAGCAAUACGCCAUGGCUGAAAUCGCCAAGCUGGUUGACCGUGAGAUCUUCAAGAAGCGCAGACACAUCAACGUGCCCAAAGCCAUCCUCAAGCCUGCGGCUGCCAUCAUCAAUAAGGCUUUGUGGUGGGACAUCAUGUCGGCCGACGAGAUUGAGCGCGAGUUCCACGACCAAGUAAUUGACGAGACGGCCAAGACUUUCAAGGAUUUGGACAUUGAGCCCACCGACAUCAGCAAGUGGACUUACCAUUAUCUGCAAGGUUUCCGUUCCUCAACAUUCUACGACCUGCCGCCUGCCACUGAAAAGGAGAAGAAGGAGGAGAGAAAGUAUCUCCACGUUUUGGAUGAGUAA